AUGAACAACCUGUAUGAAAACCUAUUGUCCUUUCUGGAAAAGAUCUCAGAUGAAUCCUUUUGGCAUGCUAUCUUUGGUGAGCGCGCAUUGAACUUGUUGAAGCGUUAUUUUGGUAGUGAUGUUGUCUUUCUGGGUUUCAUUGUCUAUCUUGCUCCGAUUAUCGGAUACCAUCUAAGUAGUUUGUUUUAUUAUGUACUCCAUACGAUCCGAGAAAACAUGUAUGUUUCCAUUCAGAUCAGUAAAGACCAGUCAUGUUAUGAAGCUAUUCAACAAUUCGUGGUCAAAAACACAGCUCAAUUGAAACAUUUAAGAGAUGUGGAAGGUCGUUGUAUUUACGAUGAUGAAGAUGACGAUGAUAUUCAAGGACCUUCUCCUCCUCCUCGCCUUGGCCUCUUUCCAUUGGAUGAAACUGUACAAAAGAUUUAUUAUAAAAAACACACCCUCUGGGUCUCCAAACUCAAGAACGGUGGUGUGCAGAAAAACAACGACAAUUAUUACAGCAACAACAUUAAAGAUUUAUUGGGUAUGAUGAACACCAAUCCUUGUAUUCAAAUCACGAUGCGUGGCCAAAACAUGGAAUUACUCAAGUCGUUUGUUCAAGAAUGGAUCAACAAACACUAUGAAAACGAGCAUGGUAAAUUGACGAUUUACAAAUGCAUGCCUACUCGCUAUGACGGAUUUGAAUGGAACAGCAUUGGAUCCAAGGAAUUAAGACCCUUUAGUUCAGUCAUCUUGAAGGACAGACAAAAGGAACGCAUCUUGAAGGAUAUCCAAACAUUCCGUCGUCGUGAACACUGGUAUUCCAUUCGCGGUAUUCCUUAUCGUCGUGGCUAUUUGUUGUAUGGUCCUCCUGGUACAGGCAAAACAUCUUUGGUUCAAUCAGUGGCUAGUAAGAUCAACAUGAACGUGGCUAUCAUUAGCUUGUCUGGUAAAAUGGAUGAUGAGAAUUUUAAUGUGAUGCUUCAAGAAGUACCUCGUAACAGUAUUCUGGUGAUGGAAGAUAUUGAUCAUUGUGUGAUUCAGGAUCCUAAUUCAGGUGAAGAACAUGCUGCUGCUCAAGCCAAGAUUACCAUGAGUGGUUUAUUGAAUGCUUUGGAUGGUGUCGUGGCUCAAGAAGGAUCCAUGGUGUUCAUGACCUGUAAUGAUUUGACUCGUAUUCAACCUGCUCUGCUUCGUCCUGGUCGUAUCGAUAUGAAGAUGGAACUAGGCUAUGCUGAUAAAACUCAAAUCAGAAAAAUGUUUUGGCGUUUUAUGGGCGAAGAUGACAUGGAAGAAGGAGAAGAAGAAGAAGGAAAAGAUACCAAGAAAAUCAUGGCUUCCCCUGAACUCAAGGAUCUCGCAGAUCAAUUCACAGAUAUGAUUCCUGAUCUUGAGGUGACACCUGCAGAACUUCAAAACUUUUUUAUUAUGCACUUGAUGGAUAAAGAGGCUGAAAAGGAAGAUGAUGAAGAUAAAGAAGAACAAGACACUAAAGUCGAUUAUUCUUAUUUAUUGGAUGCUGUCCCUGCCUUCUUAGAAACUGUACGCUAUGACCGACAACAAGCCUUAGAACACAAAAUGAAUAGAACCAGCUUGACCGUAAAGAACUUGCAAGCGCAAUUACAAGAUCAAAAGUCUUUAGCUGAAGAAGAUACCAAGACAGUAGUUGAAGAAACUGCUGUUUCUGAACCUGUAAAAUAA